AUGGCUUCCGAACAAUUGCGCAUUCUCAUCGUCGGCAAUGGUGGCCGUGAGCAUGCCUUCGCCUGGAAGUUGAGCGAGUCCCCCCUCGUCGACAUCGUCUACGUCGCCCCCGGAAACGGUGGUACUGGUCUGGGUGCCAACAAGAAGAUCACCAACGCCAAUGUCAAGGGUGACGACUACCCUGGCCUCGUCGCAUUCGCACAGCAGAACCAGGUGAACCUUGUGGUUCCUGGUCCCGAGGCCCCUCUCGUGGAUGGCAUUGAGGGCUACUUCAAGGCUGUCGGCAUUCGUGUCUUUGGUCCUUCUAAGGCUGCGGCCCGCAUGGAGGGCUCCAAGACCUUCUCCAAGGACUUCAUGCAGCGCCACCAGAUCCCCACUGCCGAGUUCGGAAACUUCUCUGACUACGAGGCUGCCCGCCGCUACCUCGAUUCGGUCUCGCACAACGUCGUGAUCAAGGCCGACGGUCUUGCUGGUGGCAAGGGUGUGAUCAUGCCCACAACAAAGGAAGAGGCCCACCAGGCCUUGAAGGAGAUGAUGGUGGACCACCAGUUUGGCAAGGCUGGUAACGAGGUCGUUAUCGAAGAGUGCUUGGAGGGUGACGAGCUGAGCAUUCUCACCUUCAGCGAUGGCUACACCAUUCGCUCGCUGCCCCCGGCGCAGGACCACAAGCGCAUCUUCGAUGGUGACCAGGGUCCCAACACUGGUGGCAUGGGCUGCUAUGCGCCUACGCGCAUUGCGCCCAAGGAGGUUGUCGAGGAGAUUGACCGCACCAUCAUCCAGCCUUCCGUUGACGGAAUGCGCAAGGACGGUUUCCCCUUCGUCGGUAUUCUUUUCACCGGUCUCAUGAUGACCAAGAACGGACCCAAGGUCCUUGAGUACAACGUCCGUGGUGGAGACCCCGAGACUCAGACUCUGCUGCCCUUGCUCAGCAAGGACACCGAUCUGGCACAGAUCAUGGUGGCCUGCGCCGACCACUGGCUGGACGGUGUCUCCCUCAAGAUUGAGCCCAACUUCUCCACCACCGUCAUUGCCGUUGCCGGUGGUUACCCCAACGCCUACGCCAAGGGCAAGGUCAUCACUCUGGCCCCCGAGCCCGCCGGAACCCUCAUCUUCCACGCUGGUACUACCCUGUCCGGAAACGAGCUUCAGACUGCCGGAGGCCGUGUGAUUGCAUCCACUGCCACCGCCGCGACCCUUGAGGAGGCCGUCGCGAAGAGUUACGAGGGCAUCAAGACCAUCAGCUUCGAGGAUAUGUUCUACCGCAAGGACAUUGCGCACCGCGCUUUCCGUCAGACCGCGGAUACCUCGCUCACCUAUGCCCAGGCCGGUGUUUCUAUUGAUGCCGGUAACGAGCUCGUCAACAAGAUCAAGAGCUCCGUGGGCCGUACCAAGCGCCCCGGCACUGACGCCGUCAUCGGCGGCUUCGGUGGUCUCUUCUCCCUGGCUGCCGCCAACUCCGCCUACCACCCCCACUCGCCCACUCUCAUCGGUGCCAUUGACGGAGUCGGCACCAAGCUCAAGAUCGCCCACUCUGUCGGAAUCCACGACACCGUCGGUAUCGAUCUCGUUGCCAUGAACGUCAACGACCUUGUCGUUCAAGGUGCCGAGCCCCUCUUCUUCCUGGACUGCUACUCUUGCGGCCACCUCGACGUUCCCACUGCUGCGGCUUUCGUCACCGGUGUCGCCGAGGGCUGUGUCCAGGCCGGCUGUGCCCUCAUCGGUGGUGAGACCGCCGAGAUGCCCGGUCUCUUCAUUGACGACUCCUACGAUGCCGUUGGUGCUGCCGUCGGUGCUAUCAACACCACUGGCGACAACGCCCGCGCUAUCCUCCCCCACACCGACAACAUGCGCGCCGGCGAUGUCCUCCUCGCCCUCGGCUCCUCCGGUCCUCACUCCAACGGCUACUCUCUUGUCCGCAAGAUCGUCGAGCGUGCCGGUCUGAGCUUCUCCGACCCCGCCCCCUUCUCCAUGCCCGGUCUCGAAGACGGUGUUUCCGUUGGCCGUGCCCUCCUCACCCCUACCCGUAUCUACGUCAAGUCCAUCCUCAGCGCUCUGAACACCCACGGAACCGCUAUCAAGGGUCUUGCUCAUAUCACCGGUGGUGGUCUCGUCGAGAACAUCCCCCGUAUGCUCCCCUCGACCCUGACCGCUCAGGUCGAUGUCAGCACUUGGCCUCAGCCUUCCGUCUUCUCUUGGCUGCAGCGUGCCGGUAACGUCUCCUCCGCUGAGAUGGCCCGUGCAUUCAACUGCGGUGUUGGUAUGAUCAUCGCCGUUGACCCUGCUUCCGAGGCUGCUAUUCGCCAGACCUUCGAGGCUGCCGGCGAGUCCGUCUACCGUGUUGGUGAGCUGCGUGUUCGCGAUGCUAGCGAAGAGGGCUGUGUGCUGUCCGGACUUGAGUCUUGGGCUUGA